AACUUUUUUUUAUAUGAUAUUACUAUCACACAAUGUUUUGAAUCCUAUAUGUUCCUGUAAGCGUAUACAUUAAAUCUGAAUUGGAGCUUCCUUUCAGCUACUUAUGAACCAAGCCCUGUUCUGUCAAAACCUAAAGAACACGACUCUAUCAUGCCAGAAGUAGCAGAGAGGAAACCUGUUUCCACUGAGGCUGAUAGUUAUCUUCCUAAUCUGUUGAGCACACCAGAAUUCCCAAUUAGCAGACCUGUUUCAACUGAGGCCGAUAAUUAUCUUCCUAAACUUUUCACAACAUCAGAACUCCCAUUUACUAAGCCUGUAUUGGAACCUAUUACGUUUAGCAAUGAACUUCCAAUAGUAGAUGCAAAGGCAAAGCAUCAUGUUUCCAUCCCUAAAAUAACAGCUACCCCACAUGGGCUACAUCCAAAACCUGAAGAGAAAGAUUAUGCCAGGCAUAAACCUCAGACCAGCACUGAAGUGCCACAGCCUCAGCAUGAUAACAUUGAUGCAGACAUGGAAAAAGUUAUCUUUACAACUGAACAAGCAAAAUCGUCAACAGCUCCUAAGGAAACACAUCAAGUUCCAACCAGACCAACUUCUUCCAGUCCUGGUAUAAUCCCAACGAAAUCCAGUCUAAAAAUCAAACAUCGUGUUCCAUCCAAACCUAAAACUCCCCCCAGUCAAAAAAUACACCAAUCAAAACCAGAAAUUAUUCCAUUCUCUCAAGAUCUUAUUACAACUAUGCUACCUGUUGCCCCUGAAGAGACAAAGGAAACACCUGAUCCAAAACAAACACGACUUCUUCCUUCGAAACCCAAACCGUCUGGCAAACAAGAAAAAUCCCAGACUAAACCUGCUUCAUCUAAACCUCACAGCACAGUAACAGCCACCAAAACUCCACGUUUGAAAACUGCAUCACCCAAAGUAUACCUCACUACUGAAAAACCCAAGAAAACUGUUGUCCAUAGAACAACAUCAGCACCUGCUAGAACAAGAACACCAGGGGGACUAUCCUGGAGUAAAAUCCCAAGAGGUGAUAAAUUAACAAAUGAAGGUGUUGCCAAGCCUCUCAGUACAAGCUCUAGUACUAAGUCCAGAAUACCACUGGAUUCCUCAGUUACAAGAAAAAAACCAGUAGCUACACUACCUGGUUCUCCACGACCUCCCUUAGCUCCUACCUGGCCUACAUCAAUACGAAGAAGACUUUUGCCACCCAACACUGUGACUGGUAAACCUAGCAGUUCAGGAAAUAUCUUGAUGCCACGAGCUUCUUCAUUUCUCACACCUUCUGUAGCGAAACCCACUUGGUCAGGUUCUCUUGUGAAAACAAAUUCAGCUAAAAAGCUACCUACAGCAGCUUCUUCUCCAGAUUACAGUAGCCCAAUGUUCAGUUCUGUCCCUACAACAGAGACUGAUAUUACAGGCACACCAAGGUAUACAGGUGACCACGUGAAAUACUUGCCAAAAAAAGAAGACACUCCAUGCUCCAUCACAGAUACUCUGCAGCACUUUCCAGCAGAGAUGGGGGACAACACAGACCUGGCUACUAGUGCCCCCCAAAAACCUCCCACGAACCUCACUGUGGUGACUGUUGAGGGAUGUCCAUCUUUUAUCAUACUGGAUUGGAAAAAACCAGAAAAUGAAACUGUUACAGAAUAUAAAGUUGUCUCAACAGAAAAUGGAGGCCCAGCUGGAAAAGAUAAGUCCGUUACAACUACAAAUCAAACCCAUUCUACAGUGGAAAACCUGAAACCUAAUACAAGCUAUGAAUUUGUUGUGAUAGCUAGCAACCCUCUUGGGGAAGGCCCAAGUAGUGAAUCAAAGCCAUUUAGAACUGAAUCAGCUGACCCAAGAGUGACAGAGUCUAUUUCAAUGGGAAGAGAUGCAAUUUGGACUGAAGUCAGUUUUAAUUCUGAUGAUUAUUCUGAAUGCAAGGGAAAACAGUAUGUCAAGAGGACUUGGUACAAGAAGUUUGUGGGUGUUCAAUUGUGUAAUUCCCUUCGAUAUAAAAUUUACCUCAGUGAUUCACUUACAGGUACAUUUUAUAAUAUAGGAGAUCAGAGAGGACAUGGAGAAGAUCAUUGUCAAUUUGUGGAUUCAUAUUUAGAUGGAAGGACAGGGCAAAUGCUUCAGCCAGAUCAACUGCCUACCAAAGAUGGUUAUUUUAGAGCUGUUCGUCAAGAACCUGUCCACUUUGGAAAAAUAGGAGCUGCAACACACACUACCUACGUUCAUUGGUAUGAGUGUGGAACUACAAUACCUGGAAAAUGGUAGAACAAGAAACAAAUUGAUGCUCCAUGCUCAGAGAUAAUGUGUCAUGAUAUUACAUACAGAAAUCUAGCGAGAAUACUGGGUUCAAUAGCAUUGGCUGCUUAACUAUAAAUGUUCAGAUUUACAGUUCUGUUGCAGAAAGAACGUAUCAUAAAGUGAUGUCUUGGGAAGCUGGCUCCCUAAUAGUCUCUUAUAAUAUUAAGUACUUAUUGUAAAAGGUGUAGUUUAUUUUUUAUCAUUGUUGUGAUAUUUUGAGGCACCUUUAAUGAAAGGUUGAUCAGAAAAACAUAUUAUCUUCUGAAAUGUAUCAAUGUACAUUGCCAAUGGUCACAUUCUAGCUUCUUUUCAAACACACUUAAAUUAUUCUAUCAGUUAACUAAUGGAAGUUUCUCCUGCUUUAUAAAAAAUCCAGUCCAAUUGAAAAGUUGCUGACUUUAUUCAAACUUUAGAGAAAACUGAUACCUGGCUCUGAUUUCAGAUAUCUUCAAUUAAAAUAUCAUGAAAAAAGCAAAAGAAUCAUGUAACUGAACCCAUACCAAUAACCAUUUUCUUAUCCAAAAUACGUGAUAAAUCUUCCUUAACAUUGUGCAAGAGCUCCUCAAGGCAAGGGAAGUUUCAGUUCGAUAGUACAAACUUUAAUUCUGCAUACCCAGUACACAUUUGACCUAUGGCAGCAAAAAACAUUUAUAAAAUGGCAUUAAAGAUUGGUUGUAUGUAAGAAAGUGUUGGUUCUGAUAGCAUUUACUUUUGGUAUAGGUAGAAGUAAUAUGACUCAGUAUAUUUUUGUCUCCCACUAGUGAUUUGAAUUAAUGCUAACUCAUGGUAAAACACACACACACACACACCCAAAACCACAGCAAUUUAUAGGGAAAAAAAUACAUUGCUACAGCGAAAUAAAGAUGCAAAAGCCUUAAUAAUUGAUUUUUUUGUUAACAGAAGGAUAUUUCUCAAAAUACUGUGCGCUUUGGUAUAGAUAUCUAAAUACAAAGUACAUGUGCACUAUGCCAUUUACAAAAGCUAUGCAAGUAACUCAAGCAGAGUUUUUCCUCCUCAAAGUUCACAGCAGACUCAAUCAGUUCUUGAAGCUGUCUUUGGGAAAAUGGGUAUAUUCAGAUUGACAUGAUAUAUAAAUCUACCACCAGACCAUCAUGUCAAGAAUGCAAUGCCAUUUUAUUUGAGUUAAAUGUAGAGGAACAUGGACUAGUGUGUAGUAUAGAAGACUGUCAAAGCAUAUGCAAAGCACAUAUAUUUAAAAAAUGUUUUCUUUAUAUAAAGUUGAAGAGUAAUGUGAUCUGCUUUAUAGAAUGGAAAAUGAAGACUGUUUUUGAAAAUAAUUUAGCUGCUCCCUGCAUAAAGUGCUAAGUUUAUACUGCUUAAACAUUUAAACAUUAUAAAGAGAUGUAAGUUUUAAUGGUGCUUAGUCAAUGUAUUAAAAUAUAAUAAACAUAAGGAAUAUUGUUUGGUUUACAAAAAAUCUAAGUACACUGCAGGUACAUUGUACUCUUAAUAAAAUAUUUUUAAUCAUAAGUAGUAUUUGAUUUAUUGGUAUAUUCAGUAUACACAAAGCUGAAAAGUACCUAAUUUGAAAUGUCAGAUCAUAAAUCCUAAAGGUAAUCCCCACUCCCAACAUUCAUUCAUUCAUUCAUUCAUUCAUUCAUUGAUCUGAUUAGAAGGCUUUUCAGUGUCCUUCAGGAACAAUAAACAACAGACAUUCGAGACAGUAUUGCUUUAAAUUAUCUGAUGACAGAAUCAAAAUGCAUCAAACCCUACCUCACAAGCUUUAUAAGAUGACCUAUAUCGAGAGACCCCAUCUCAAGGGUCACUUAGAAGGGUUUCAAUAAUUUCACAAGCUUGUCCACAGAAAUAUGAAGGGCUUAUGACAGUAAGUAUCAUAUAGUAAGUGCCAUUUGUAAAUCUUUGCCCAUAUAUAGAAUAUAUACAUGGAGAGCUAGAGGAUUGUGUGGGACUAGGAGAUAGAACGCAGAUAUUUGGAGCUAUCAAGAAAAGUAUCCAAUUGAUCCUUAGAGGAAUGCUUAUGGACAGCACUAUAGUUUAGAUCCUGAAACUUUUAAUUAAGUUCAUGUAUCAGUUUGCCUUGGCAAAAUGUCUUAUCAGAUGCCAAUAAUCAUUAAUCCCUUUUAUUUAAAACACAUCUGAAAAUCAGUAUAGUCAAUUCAAGAAAACUAUAAUGUAGUCUAUAAAGGACACCAAUUUAAUAACUGCAUUUUAUGCUAUCUGAAAGUCCUAAGCACUUUUCAAGGACAACCUCACAUGAUAUAGCUAUUUAAGGCAUGACUCAUGAAGCUGGUACAGUAACUAAAACUAGGUAAAAGCACCCAUAGCUCUCUGAAAUUGGACUAUUACAAUGUGUGCAAGUUGUACACCUUUGCCCAGAACAAAUUCCACUUCCAGCCCUGUGAUGGCUUCUCUAGUAACCAACAGUCUCUUAUCUUACCUGAAUUGAGACUUUGUUAACCCAUAUCCAACUUUAUCCAAAUCAGACAUUCCACAACAUUUUGGCAUUAGGUGGGAAAAAAGAAACAGAUCAGGAUAUUACUAGCAUAACCACUAUAAUGAAACAUUAGACAGUGAGACCUUAAUGCGGAAAAAUGAAAGAAAAAGUAGAUUGGUUCUACUAUUUAUUAAGUGUGGGGAGAUCAGUCAGAUCCAAUUAGCUUGUUGAUUCAAUUCAAAUCGUCAGACUGAAUUGAUUAUUUAAGCAGACCCUUGACAAGGCAGAGACAUUAUGGACUGGCAACUGCUAAGUUCAAGGAAUACAAACCCCUGAAGAAAAAAAGUGUGCAAUUAACACCAACAUGGCCUAAGUGGUUCUGACCAUCUUCUAGCAGCUUAGUUAACCAUAUUUCCAGACUAGGGAUAAUGUGAGUAGUGAUCUAUUUUCACUAGAAACCUCCAACUUGUAUUAAUGUGCAAUACAUGAAGCUUCUCUCACAAACAGGUUAGAAACUUUAACAAGUAGAGUUAACUGUUGAGCGCCUCUAGGCUUCCCCAUGUUUACCCCUGUUGUGCGAGCUGCACUGGCUCCCAGGUUCCUUCUGGGUGCAAUUCAAGGUGCCAGUUAUUACCUUUAAAGCCUUACAUGGCACAGGAUCAGGUUAUUUGCGGGACCACCUUUCCUUUAUGGUACCUGCCUGUCCCACUAGAUUGGAUAGGAUGGGCAUGCUCCAGGUCCCUUCCCUGAAAUAUUGCCACCUAGAGAGACUUAUGAAGCAAGCCUUUUCCACAGCUGCCCCUACUUUAUGGAACACCUUCCUACAGGCGUUAUGGCAGACCCCCACCCUUUUAGUUUUCCAGAAGGCCAUCAAGACCUGGCUCUUUACCAAAACACUGGGGUAGAGUAGUAGAAGCCUGUGGGUGGUUGUUGGGGCACCCUGGGCGGAUGAUUGAGGUGCCAAGGUUUUAGUUUUUGUCUUAUUGUUUUUAUAGUUGUACUGUUGUUGUGAGCCAUCCAG